ACUAAUUUUGAAAAUAUAAACACGAAAGACGCUAACCAAGUUAAUAAGUUUUAACGGUUUUUUGUGCACUGUUUUACGCGAUGCUUGUUGAUGAACUUUGUUAUAAAUUGUGAUUAGAAGACCAAUUAUCAUUGCUCAUCUUGUACGCACCAUAAACAAAAGGCUUCAAAAUGACAGCCAAAACCUUAGCUACUUCUACUCCUCUGCCUACACCUUCAAAUGGCAGGAAACGAAAGAGUGUUCGAGUCAGUGUUGAUAUCAUCGAAGAAACACCAAAUAAAAGGUCCCAUCUCUUAGAACUUCCAGAUGAAGAUGAUGAGUCUGAAAGAUCCAGGAGGAGAAGUUUGGCUAUUGUGGCCAGUAGAAUCAAUGAAACUGAUUAUUCUAAGGAAAACAUCCAACCACAACUGGAAAUGUGCAUGAAAUUAUAUGCCAAUAAUAAAAUUGAUUCAAAGAAUGUGUGGGCUUUUAAUAUCAUUGAUAUUCUUAGUGUUAUCUGCCGAGAUAAUACAUUUGAUAAAGACACACUGAAAAUUGCUACAUCUUCACUGGAUGCUGGAUCAAAAGUGUUUGGUUUGAGAGUGGAUUGUGUCCAUGCGCAAACAUUGCAAUUGGCAUCAAAUAUUAUUCGUAACUUUCAAAGUGAUCAGCCAGAGGAAGAACCAGAAGGAGCACCAACUGAUGAAAACCCCCAGGAGGCAAAAAAACGUAAAAAAGCAACGAAGGCAAGGAAAAUGUUAAUUGGUGACGCUAAAUUUCCCAGCACGACGAACCACGACUUGACUAAGUUGUAUGCGCCGUUUAAAAUGAUGCCGCAAAUGGACUUUCAAAUCAAACAUAAAGGAUUACUUAAUCAAUAUCUACGAUAUGAUCAUGCGCUGACAUAUAAAUUUAUGACAGAUAAACCGUAUUGUCGAAGUGAACAAGAACUUGAGAACUGGGAUGAGAAAGCAUAUGAUGAAGAAGUGGAUUUUAUUCAUUACGACACUCCCGAGGAAUUAAUGUGCGACAACAUUUGUCAGCGCUUUACUAAUUUUCACGAUUACGUAGAUGGCGAUGAUGAUGAUAAACAGGAAGGUGACGCUGAAAUCGACGAAGUAGUCUACGAUAAUACCGGCCUUCCCAUUCCGGAACUUGAUGGGUCCAUUCAUGACCCAUUUCAAGAUCCAGAUUAUCUUCGCGAUGACGAUGCAGUGGAAGAGGAGGAAGUCCACGCUGAAAUUGGACGCCCGAAUGUUCAAUUCAUCAGCGAUACGCGACCAUUGAUGAAUAUCGAAGAAUCCGGCUUGGAAUAUUUGUAUCAAACGUUAAAAUCUGGUUCAGGUUCAGUUUUGAUCAAUUUGUGGGCAGGACCAUCACAUUGGAAGCUUAAAGGCAUCAAACAAGCAAAAACAACUUUUACGGGCUCAAUCCAGCACAAAGAGAAAAAAAUACGUCGUGCAAAAAAGAAAGAUGUCAUCGAACUAACUUACUCCUUCGAGGAAGAAUUCCCGAGUGCUAUGUUAAAGAAAUUGCGAAAAAAGAAUACGAGGAAGUUAAAGCCUUCUCCGUAUCGUAUUCCAUGUCAAGUAGUUGACGAAACACUGAAACCUUUUGAGACAUUCAGAAAAAGAUAUGUUUUACCUGUUGGUGCAUCACUUAACAACAAUCAGGAAGAUAUUGGUGAGAAAAGCCACGAACUCAAUAAUGAGGAAUAUAAUUAUGAAAAUCCCAAUGAUUCCCAAUAUUGUAAUGAUGGCGAUGAGAAUGGUUACGAUGAUGAUGAUGCUGGCAUGAAUGUUUCACACACCAGUGAGGUAGGUGAACAUCGUCAGGCGGGCGAGAAUGGGGACUUUCUGGCAAUGGAAGGCAUUGAGGUGCCUGAUGUUGUGCCCAAGUCGACGAUUGGAUAUGCGCGCACAGCGAAGAAGAUGAACAUGCGUAGGUUGAAGUGUAGUGUUUGGGAUUACUUGUCUGGGGCUGAUACGUACCGUACAAACGAUAUCGAUAGUAAUAAGAUGAAGGUGACUGAAGAGAAACAUUUCAAUGAAAUGUACGCACAACUUCCAAAAGUGAUCACGAAAAGUAUGCGCGAAGCGUUGUCGGCGCCAUUGACAUUCGCAGCGCUUUUGCAUUUGGCGAACGAGAAAAUGUUGGUGCUUCAGGGCAUUCCUACGUUUGAAGAUAUAAUUAUUAAACAGUACAAAUAAGAGGAAUUUAACGAUGUUAGAUUUUAAGUUGAAACAAUUGAAACAUAUUAUCAAAAUAUAUAUAAAUACAUAAAAAAUUAAUUGUUGAUAGCCUCACGUAGCCUCAGAAAGAAAACGGUCAAUUAAAAUAAUUAUAUUUUGGUUUUUGUCGAUUUACGGCAGCAUAAAGCGCACAGAUGUUCACAAUCCACACUAAAGACCAAAAGAGAGGCAAAAGAUGAACCUAGGGAUACUUAGUAUAGAAAUAUUAAAUUUAAUAAAGUGGUCUAAGUUAAAUCGUAAAA